AUUAUUUUUCAUCAAAUAUUUUCAAAUAAAUUUUGAUUUUUAAAUUUUGAUAAAUAAAAAAUAAAAAGCUUACAAGUUUAUUCUUUCCUAUGCGUGUAGAAUGUCUCAGAGAGGGUUAAAGAAGCCUUUAAAGUGCGUAUUUCACCUCUAAUUGAAUUAGUGCUGACGUGGUGCUGGGUUGUUUUUUCCGCUAGCAAUCAUUAAAACGGGAACGUUCGCGACAAAUGUUGCGCGAUCUUUAUAUAUUUGAAAUUAUACGAUCGAGCUGCUCCGAAAUAAUGGAAGUGUUAAUAGAUUGUUAUUUCGACAGACUAUUCUCGGAAAUGGAACGCAGUUGCUUGGCUUCGCGAUACAAACGUCGCGAGCUGGUCAAUUAUUUCACGGACGUGAUAAACAGUUGUGCAGAAGCGGAGGACCUCGACAAGCAGGACGUGUGCAAGAGGAUCGUUCUCUCGGCUCUACGUUAUCACAAUAUCACGAUGAUGGAGAACGGAUCGGUCUGUCUGCUCGGCAAGUUCCACAACGUUCUUUACGUGGCGGCGAAGCUCUGCUACGACUGGGAACUCAAUAACAACGAGAUCGUCAGCCGAUUAUUGAAUGACAUAUUUUACUGCGAGAAGACCUUCGAGCGUUUGUUCAUCGGGGCGAUCUUCGGUACGCGCGUUACGCACUUCCUGUCCGGCUGGAAAUGCGACUUUGACGACCGCGCGGAGAACAUCCGCGCCCUGGUAUAUUUCUUGAAUCACGCGAUUAGCGGCCAGCUCGAGUACCGUUGCGAGUCCUCGCCGAUAAAGAGACGCUUCAUCGACGUGCCCAUGGAGUCGUACGGACAGGUUCUACCUCUGAGCCUCGCUAUUCAGCACGGCGCGCCGGACAUCCUGUUGAUUAUGCUGCGCUACGGCGCUUCGAUCGAGUCCGACAAACUGGCCCCGUCACCGAUAGAGAUCAUUCUUUCGAAACUCAGUGAAUUCGAGGCGCAGCCCGGCCAGAAGGAAGUCGUUUACCCGGAACACCUGGUCACGUGCCUGAGAAUAUUGCUGCGAACCGUGGCCACCGCCUGCAUCAGAAUUCCCGAUCACAUCGCGCAUCUCAGCGGCAUCUUAAGCGUGUCCUUGUACGAACAGUAUCCUAACUUGGCGAACCAGAACCUGAUACCGCCGGAACGUAGCGGAAUCCGUCCGGCUGAACUCAGGCAUUUGUGCCGCUGUCGAAUUCGCGAGACUCUCCACAGCAACUGGGCGCUACCCCACGGAAUCAAGAAAUUACAGAUUCCGGAAUCGCUGAGAGAUUAUCUCGAUCUGUUGCAGGAUUGACGGAAAAUCUCGUCCGAGAUCGCGCGAUACUCACGCGAUCGGCAUCAAUCGUUCCUUCUCGUCCCCGGCGCAGAACCGUAGAAAUAUGUAUUAUCGCACGUGUGCAGUUAUGUCCUGGAAUUCUAUUGAAAUUCGAUAGAAACGUGCCGAUCUCCCGGUUCGGCGUCAGAAUCCAAUCCAACAAAUGCGCGUGUCAAAGUCCUUCAAAGUCAUCGUAUAACUUUGAUUCGUAAUUCUCGUCACUUCAAUCUCGGAUGACAGUAGAAUUCGAUAAAAUACACAAGAAAAGUGGAGCAAAGUAAUAAAGAGAAGACUUUGAUAGAUAUAAAUCUUACAUCCAAGCCAGACUUUGUGCGCGGAAUUUUUGACAUACGAAAGAUGAUAUACGAACUCACACAACGACGCGCGAGUAAGUCCUCGAGUAGGUCCAAGGUCUAUAGUUUGAGAAAAAAAGUCAAGUUCAAAAGGUCGGCGAGAUGGUGGCGUCUUAUAAUGGCGCUGCAUUAAUGAAUCUUGAGAACUAAAGAAACGUUUUGUGAAGGAUGCUUGUCCGACCGUGACGUGAAUACUAGAAAUGUUCAAGAAUAACGGAAAGUAUGUCGUGAGACGACGUGAAAUGGGAAACCGAAGUUGUGAUCCGUUACAUAGCAACUUUCUUUAAUUUAAAGAAGCGAAAGUAAGGCAAAGUAAAAAUAAUUAUAUACAAAAAUAAAAA